ACGCUUAGAAACCUUCUCAGAACCGAAAGCGCAAAUCAAGGCUGACCUAACCGAAAGAGCGAAACGUGGAAUCAUUCCCAGUCACAACAGUGAUCGAUGAGGGAAUGCCCAAUAAUCCCCCAUUCCAGUUUGGCUAUGCAUUGUCUUCACAGGGAGAACCCGUCCCCCAGUACAUUAUGUAGGGUUUCCGAAAGAAGUGAUGUGAUGUUAACCUGACGUAGUGUUUCUGCCGAGGGGAGAAAAGACGAAGCUUUGUGCAGAGACACAGGAUAGUGGCGUGUGUCUGUCUACGAGUGCGAGGCAGCCCUUGCCCCUUUAACUGCUGGCGCUGUGCAUUGACUCUGGGUAUUACAGUAGGUGUCAGUAUAGUUUCUUGCCCAGUCGCUGCCGGGGCUCCCAAUGCUGGCUGGUAGCCACUCUCCGUCUGCAGGAGGACAAUCUCGAUCGCUGUUUUCUUUCUUUUUAUCGUUCCCCGAGGAAAAUAAAAAUCCUCAGUAACUUAAACAUCAUCCGACAGUCGCCGUGAGAACAAGAACUGAACUCUCAAUAGAAAUUCGACCAAGUGCAUGCAACAGAGAGGGAGCUGCACAUAAGAGAGAAAGAGGGAGAAUCUUGUUUAUUUUAAUCCGAUCUGCGGCAGGACCCAAUUCAUAACAAUUAGUCAGCCGUAGCCGGAAAUCUCCCCAGCUCCGCGCCGCUGAAGGAAUAGUGCAGGCUUACAAGUGGAAACUGGAUGAGGAUGCUGGAGUUACAACCAAGACAGCGAUUCCUGACCUCGGAUCACACUUGAGCACAAAACAGGGAGUGGGGUAAAGGUCUUUAUACCUGCAAGGACAAUUCGGGGGAGAAUUUAAGUCCUCGAACAUCAGCCCACUUUAGCUCCCUCUGCACCUACAGCCUCCCGGCUGCCGUUCAGAUGCACCCAUGGUCGAUGCCAAGAACAGGAACAUGAAGUGUCUGACUUUCUUCUUGAUGCUUCCAGAGGCGGUGAAGAAAUCCAAGAAGGCAUCGAAGGCCAGCCGGCUGCCGGUGUGCUACGAGAUACUCACGCUCAGGAAGAGGAUGGCCGCGGAGAUGUACAGCGCCAAGAAAGUGGCCGGCCCCAGCAUCAGUGUCCAGAGUCAUCAGCAGAACCUCAACAACAACAACACCAUCCAGGGGACUAACUGGCAGGGGCUGUACCCCACCAUCCGAGAGAGAAAUGCUGUGAUGUUUAACAAUGAUUUGAUGGCUGAUGUUCAUUUUCUGGUUGGACCACAAGGUGGGACCCAGAGGUUGCCAGGACAUAAGUACGUUUUGGCUGUUGGGAGCUCAGUAUUUCAUGCAAUGUUUUAUGGGGAUCUUGCUGAAGAUAAGGAAGAAAUUAGAAUUCCUGAUGUUGAGCCCGUUGCUUUUCUCGCUAUGUUGAAGUACAUCUACUGUGAUGAAAUCGAGCUAGCUGCAGAUACAGUCCUGGCCACUCUCUAUGCGGCCAAGAAGUACAUUGUCCCUCACCUAGCUCGAGCUUGUGUUAACUUCCUGGAGACCAGCCUGAGUGCCAAGAAUGCCUGUGUGCUGCUGUCCCAGAGCUGCCUCUUCGAGGAGCCCGAUCUGACCCAGCGCUGCUGGGAGGUCAUCGAUGCCCAGGCUGAGCUGGCUUUGAAGUCUGAGGGUUUCUGUGACAUUGACUACCAGACGUUGCAGAGCAUCCUGAACAGGGAGACUCUCAACACCAAGGAAAUCACCCUGUUCGAGGCGGUGCUGAAUUGGGCGGAGGUGGAAUGCCACCGGCAGGAGUUGACCACCAGCAUUGAGAACAAGCGCAAGGUCCUGGGCAAGGCGCUGUAUCUGGUCCGCAUCCCGGCCAUGACACUGGACGACUUUGCCAAUGGGGCGGCCCAAUCCGGGGUGCUGACGCUCAAUGAGACCAACGACAUCUUCCUGUGGUACACGGCAGCCAAGAAGCCAGAGCUGGAGUUCGUGUGCCGGCCUCGCAAGGGCCUGGCGCCCCAGCGCUGCCACCGCUUCCAGUCUUGCGCCUACCGCAGCAACCAAUGGCGCUACCGGGGCCGCUGUGACAGCAUCCAGUUCGCUGUGGACAGGAGGGUCUUCAUCGCUGGCUUCGGCCUGUACGGCUCCAGCUGCGGCUCAGCCGAGUACAGCGCCAGUAUUGAGCUGAAACGACAGGGCCUCAUCCUGGGCCAGAACUUCAGCAAGUUCUACUCGGAUGGUUCCAGCAACACCUUCCCCGUGUGGUUCGAACACCCGGUGCAGGUGGAGCCAGACAUUUUCUACACAGCCAGCGUGGUGUUGGAUGGCAACGAGCUGAGCUACUUUGGGCAGGAGGGGAUGACUGAGGUGCAGUGCGGAAAGGUCACCUUCCAGUUCCAGUGUUCAUCAGACAGCACCAACGGCACAGGCGUUCAAGGUGGACAACUCCCAGAGCUAAUAUUCUAUGGCUAAAAGGCAACAGUGACUCACUGGAAAGCCUUCCAAUUCGCACUUCAGUCUGCCUAGUGUGACCUGUACACAUUAUGGAGCUAAUUGUAAACUCAAACACUUGCAGCUGAGCGGAAGUCAUGCCCUGCUGCCUCUAUAAGUGCUUUCCAGUCCAGUCCCAAUCUCAAGCUCUCUGUCCAAAGUUUGCAAAUUGCAGCACGUCAAGUGUGCAUCCAAGUACUUUUUCUAAGCUAGCAGCUCCGAGUGUUCACAGGGAAAGAGAGCAGUCAGGGGACUAUCUCCCAUUCCCAGUAAUUGUAAAGCACAUUCAGAAAGCAUGCAUAUAUAUAGAAUAUGCCUCUGUUAAAUGUGCCGAUCCAUAAGUGGUCAAAUUUAAAUUUAUGCACAUGACUUUCCUGCCUAUUUUACAGGCAAUGAAUUCCAAUUUUCAUCACAUUUGAAUGAGAAAAAUUCUCCUAAGCACGCCUUUUAAUACACUUUCCAAUCCCCUUUAAUCGAUGCCCCCUGAUAAAAGAACUCUCAAACACUUAAAGAUAAUUUAAUAUGCCCCUAUUUUAAUCUCUUUUCAUCCUUUUUGUUUCAGUUUUUCUAAGUAUCUAAAAUCUAGCAAGUAUUACAAAUUGAUGGUCUCUUGAUCAACAGCUUCAUCUACAUCCAUAUGCUGUUCUAAAAUCACCGCUAGCUGUUUCCCUUUUCUACGCAAAUAAUGGUUUAUUUAAGGAAAGAUGUACUGUCAAACUGUUCAAGUUGAUUCCUGAGCUAGGGGUGCUAAUUUAUGAGCAGCUUGAGCCUGUUUUUAUUGGAGUUUAAAAGAAGCAGUUGGUGAUUUUACUGAAACCUGUGGGAAUCUGGGGUGUGGUGGAGGAAGGUGUAGCGCUGACAGAGAGAUGGGGUGUAGGCAGGGUAAACAGUGGACCUUUCCCCUUCCUGCAUAGUCUAGAUUUAUGAAGCAUACUUUUAGAACAGGGUGUCUCCUAAUUUAACAGGCAGGAGAAAAAAUAUCUUUGAAGUUUUUUGAAACGCUUGCUCCAGAAUUCUGUGCAGGCUGAGUCAUAAAAUCUGUCCGAGGCUGAGUUAGGUUGAUGUUGGUUUUUAGGGAGUUGACUGUUGUGGAACUGAGACCAAGAUCAGAUCAGCCAUGAUCUCAAUGAAUAGUGGAACAAUCUUGAAGGGAAUGUGGUUAAUUCUGUUCCUUUUAUGUCCAUGUAUUUAAUACUGUUUGGUUAGCCUAGGUGUAAAAAUUAUAUUCACCUAUUCACCAGCAAAGGUGAAAGGUCUAGGAUAUUCAUCUUGUAAUGGAUUACAAUAGUUAUCAGGAUACUGUCGCAGAAUGGACUGAAUGGUCCAGCUUUCCUUACCUCCAUCCUCUGCAAAGCAGCGAAGUAAGAACAGCUACAAAUUUCUCCACCUUACUUUGUUCCCACUUGUCAUAAUGUGUAGAAGUACUUUUUAAUGGAGAACAAAUCUGACUUUAUUGCUGCCAAGGUAAUACAACAGGAGCACAAAUAGCGUGAUUGAAACGGAUAAACAGAAUUUUAAUAUGUGCAUGUCAGCUGAAAGAGUGGAUGUAAGGACGCAAAAGUCUUCCAGUGGAAGUUGAAAGGGUAUAAUCCUUCAUUUUUUUUACUGCUCAGGAUAGAACAUGAAUCAGAAAUUGUGGGUCGAAGUCACACUACAAAAACUUGAGCACAAAAUCAGCCUGUCUGUAUUCUAAGAAGAGAGUGUUGAUCUGCCAGAGGGACAGUCUUUUGCAUGAGACAUUAAAUGGAGGCUCUGUCUGAUCUCUCAGGUAGAUGUACUGAAUCAUAAACAGAAGAAUGUCUGCAGGUGCUGGAAAUCCAAAGCAACACAUGCAAAAGGCUGGAGGAACUCAGCAGGUCAGGCAGCAUCAAUGGAAAUGAAUAAACAGUUGACGUUUCAGGUCAAGACUCCGAAUAAGGGUUUCUUUCCAUUGAUGCUGCCUGACCUGCUGAGUUCCUCCAGCAUUUUGUGUGUGCUGUUUCAGAUGUACAAGACACCCUGAUGCUAUUUGGUAAAGAAGCAGAACGUUCCCCCUGGGAUCCUGUCUUGAGGCAAUCAGCAUUGAUAAAAUGGGACAUUUCUAAACAUUGUUCUAACAGUUUUUGCAAAUCCUACUUUGGCAAAAUCAGGUGGUGCAUUUCCUGUAUUAGAAGAGUAAUUAGAGAGGAUGUAGGGUGAUGUGGAAAUCCCUUUCUUCUUCCUCCAUCUAAUAAUAGCUGCUUACCCAUCUCAGUUAGAGUAGCUAGGUUCUACCACAAUUUCCUGUGGCUAGAAUCACUGAAUCCUAUAAUUUUGGGCAACCUUACAGACACUUGCUAGCAGUGAUAGUGGGAGAUCAGAAUGCAUAUUCUUUGCUUCUGUCUCACCCCUCCCCUUGACAACCUAAUGUAGAAGCAAAGGGGCAGUAUCUAUUCUGAUAUGAGAUCAUGGACUUGAAGCAUAACCCUUGCUUCUCUCUCCAUAGACGCUACCUAACCUGCCAAGUCUCUCCAGCAUUUACAUUUAUGUUAUACCAGUAUCUACCUCUAGUUCACUUGAGUUGGUCUGUAGACCAAUAUGACCAUUUUUUUCUAUGCAUAUAAUGUGUUAAGGAGAACAAAAAAACUGAAAAUCAAAUUUGCAAGAAAAUGUUUUGAAUUACAGUAAAUGCAUUUCAUCUCCAGAACAAUUUAGCUGAUCAGAAUGUGCUGGCCAUUGUCUUAUUAAAUUGUGUGGGAGGAUGAAAAGGCUGCAGAAAUCAAUGGUAGGUUGAUGUAAUAAAGAAUACUGUAAUCAUCUUCCAAGAGUUCCUCAUACAAAGCAAAUGAACCUUGUAAACAGAGAUUAGUUUGGCUACACUUUUUACAGUCUAAUUAGUAAGACCUUUCAAGGUUUCUGGAGUUUUUUUUCCUUUUCGUUCACUAGCACUGGCAAAUACAUUUUUGAUCAUAUAGCAAGAUACAAGAAAAAGAGAAAUGGUAAUAUUGAAUUAAGCAAAGCUUUUUUCUUUUCCUUUUUCCAUCUUUUUAUUAUCAUUAUUAAUAACAACAAAAUAAAAUUGGUACAUAGCAAAACUUACUGAAACAUUGACAUGAAGCUUGUAUGGGCUGACAGUUGGGAAAAGCUAUGCCUCCAAUCACCAGUUCACCUAAUAUUAGUUCACGGGUGAUCUAGUUGAACUUUUUCAGAUGUUUAGAGGAAUUGAUAGUAGACAGAGAGAUAUCAUAUGCUUCUCAUUGGAGAGGUCCAGAAUAAUUGAUUAGAACCUUAUAUUUGAAUUGUGUCAUUCAAUGUGUAAGGGUGUCAAGAAGCACUUACUCACACUAAGAAUGGUGGGAACCUGGAAGCGUCCUGCUUCAGAGUUGCAACCCCACCACCACCUAGCUCCAACAUUCUACCACCACCUACCCCAACAACCCUGCUGUCUCUACCAAAAACAAAAUUUCAACUCUGGGGAUCAUUGAAAAAAAUCAAAAUAGAAACCUCUUGGCUUUUGUUUACCUAGGGAUUAAGGGUUAAUUAACCAAAGUCGUUGGAGAGCUAGUGUCCAGAAAAUUCAUGAUCUAGUAGAAUGAUGGAACAGACCCAAGGAGAUAUAGAUCAGCUCAUCCCCUUCCUGCCAUCUGAACAGCAAACUACUCCAUCAUUCGCCUAGAUAAUAUUCAAGUAUUCACAUUUUUGAAUUGCAUACUCAAAAUAAAAAUAUAUUAAAUCAAAGGGGAAUAUUUGAAAUUCCCAUCUGUGCAAAGACUUAAGGAAAGAUGUAAAAGUCUAAGAAAGACCAUAUUGUUAUCAGGGCAGAGGAGUCAGUUAUAUCCUGUAUUUGUUGGAUCAGAGCCCAUACUUAAUCUCAUCUGAAUUAAGUGACCUAUUUCUAAGCACAAAUCAUCAAACAUGUUCGGUUGUUAGAGAUUGGGACGGGGAAGGUUGAGAAAUAAAAAAGAUUUUUCAAAUUGACCACAUUUGAAAGUAAUUGAUUAUAGACCAGCAAAGUUAUUGGCUAAAGAGCUUGACAGUAAAUUUGAGGAAAUGUUUCCACACAUAGAGUAGAUGGAAUCUGGAGUGAUUUGCUUGAAAAGAUGAUAAAUGGAAGCUAAUUUGAUAAAUAAUUUUGAAAACAAUUAAGGAAUUGAGGAUGAAGAAUUUAUCAACUAUGAACAAAAAAUGAGGGUGAGGAACCAAGCACAUCUUUUUCAAAAGGGCUUACAUUGACCUGAUGGGCCAAAUGGUCUCUUUUGUGUUCUAGAUUCCUAUCAUUUUUCAAUCAGCUUUUGGGGAAAGUUUUAGCAUGGUAUUCAAGGCCAGCAUUCAUGGUAUUGGGCAGCUUUUCAAGGCCAGCAUUCGUUUUGAAGUCUGGAAGGGGAAUUAUGGUGGCAGUAAUUAAUGAGAACAGACAGUAACUACUGAUUUAGCUCAUCUAUACCAGAUUAAAAAUAGCAGCUUCAAAGUCUAAUGGACAUAAUGUGGUUAGCUGACAGAAGCCAUGAAAUCAGGACAGAUACCCUUGAAGUUAUUUGUUAGACACAUUCUGAACCUGCAUCAAAAACGUGCCAUGCCACUUGGGCCAGCUAUCUCUUUUAAUCAGCUUCAUAAAAGUUAUAACACAAAGAAAUGGAUGUCACUUCUUUCAGUUAUUUAUCUAAAUCUUAUUAUGGGAAUCAAUCACAGAACUAAUAAAUGACAGAGAAUAGUAGGAGGCCAUUCAGCCCAAUAUACCUGUGCCAGCUCUUUAAAGGAAAUAGCUGAUAGUCCUUCUCAGUUAUAGGUUUAUUUUCCAUCCUCAGAUGAUGUGUUUCUUUAGGAAGUUACUACUUAUUCUGAAAAUUAGCAUGCAGCUGCACCUGGUAAUGAGGAGUGAAAUGUGAGUCUUUAUUGCAAAGAAAAUGGAAUGCCAAUAUAGGAAAGAACAGUACAGAGACCUGAAUAGACCACACCAGGAGUACUAAUUUUGGUAUGUUUAUAUAGGGAGGGUUCUAUUUGCCUUUAAAGUAACACAGGGAAUGUUUACUAGGUUGAUUCCUGUGAGGAAGCAGGUAAAGAUUAAUCAAAUAUAAUUUGAGUUUAUAAGAUUGAAAGGUAGUCUUUAUUGAAACCUGUGUUUUUUGGGGAUCUUGACAGGAAGGAUUUUUCCCUGAUGGGAAAGUCCAGAACUAGAGGGCAUAAUCUCAGGAUGACGGUUGGUUACUUAAGGCUGAAUUGAGGAGGCACUUCUGAAGAUAUAAAGAUUAGCUUUAUUUGUCACACGUGCAUCAAAGUGAACAGUGAAAUGCUUCAUUUAUGUCAAUGUCCAACACAGUUCAAAUACCUGUUGAGGGCAGCCCACAGUUGUCGCCAUGCUUCUGGCACCAACAUAGCAUGCCCACAAAUUACUAACCCUUACCCAUAUGUCUUUUUGGAAUAUAGGAUGAAACUGGGGCACCCAUGGCCACGGGGAGAAUGUACAAGCUCCUUAUAGACAGCGGCAGAAAUUGAACUCUAUUCGCUAAUCACAGGCACUGUAAUAGUGUUACUCUUAACCACUACAUCACUGUGCUGAGUGAUGUAAAUCCUUAGAAUUACCUUCUCUCGAGAGCUCUAAAUGCUGAGACAGGUUUUCAGAAUACUGUGGGAACUGAGGAAUAUGGGGUAAGGCAAUAAUGUGGAAUUGAGCCCAAAGGUCAAAUCUGCCAUGAUUUUAAACGGCAGAGCAGGCUCAAGGCAUAUGACCUACUCAUGUACUUACAUGUUAUACUGCUGCAUUCAUCCCCAUUCUGAUCAGGAUAUGUUGAGUCACCUCAUCUUUUAAAUAGGAUCUUGGCCAUUCCUAGGAAUAAUAACACAUUACCACAUUUUUAAAAAUCUUGGCUUUCCUAAUAGUUCUCCCAGUUUUGUUUUUUUAAAGUUAAUGGCUAAAUGAUACCGUGUUUCAAUUUAUAAGACCAAAUGGUGUUGUAAUACAGAUAAGCCACCAAAGUUAAAACUACUCCCUUUAUAAUAGUUGCUUUGAAGCUUUGCAAGUAAAUGAUACAAACUGCUUGUGGGAGUGUAUCACAAAUUUGCUGAUUAUUGCAGCUCUGCAUUUUAGUUUGAUUUGCAAACCAUAACAGUUAUAUUUCAUACUUGAACAAGCAUCUGGCUAGACCAAUGCUGUUUCAAUAGAAGAAUUAAAGUGUCUAUGGACCUACUAACUGAAGUGAAAUGUGAUUUCUUUUUUUCUAAAAAAAAAGCAAUUUGAUAAAGAAGAAUGUUAUUGUGGUAUGUAGUUUAUUUCACAGCUUUUUUUAAAAAAAAGAAACAUUCAUUUGUUACUGCAUUGUAUAUUGCUCCUGUGAAAAUGGUGAAGUAACAAAUUUUAUUUGUGCAUCAGUCUGGCACUGUAUGUUUCAGUGAAAUCUAUACAUAUCUAUAACUAAAACCGUUUCCCAAAGUACAUAUUUGACACUGAUUAUAUAGUUUCUUAACUUGUGGUUGGCAACUGAAGUCUUUGUGAAGAUGAUAAAGUACCUCAAGCUUGAAAUUGUUGUACCUUCACAUGCUGUAAUGAAGCAGUCUGAAUGUUGUUAGACAGAUGAAUGUGUAGGAUUUAUUAAAACUUCAAAGGGAAAUAAAGAAAGCUGGUUCUUUGUUGUCUGCUAGA